AUGCAGCGUGUGAGCGCAGGAGGCGAAUUUCGUCCCGGAGACACGAAUCUGGAGAGUUAAGGCCAUAAUCGAUGAGAGGCUUCAACAUUCCUCCGUUCCUUGUAGUAUCAAUCGUCCUCAGAGUAAUAGUAGAGCAACUUCCUUGUUCAUCGUCCUCGACCUCGUCUAAGAAAGCGACUACCUGGGUCUCUCUUUGUACGAUGAGCUACCAACGGGAAAGGUAUCGAUACCUCAGUUUGAGGACAUGGCGAAGCAGCGUCUCAAAGUUCUCCACAUAAUUGACCGUCUUGCGACGCCAAACAGGCCGGUAGGGAAAGAGCUCGACGAAAGUACUAGGAGUUACAGUUAUUUGCUUAUUUGAUGCAACUAUUCUGUACUUCUAAAACGAUGAUCAUCUUGAUCUAUCAGACAUGUUGAAAACAGUAGUAGAAGUUAAUUUGUCAUCCGUAGGGCAGUAGCUGCUGGAAGAACAUCAUCGUGAUCAUUAAUAUUCCCUCUUUUGUUAUUAUUCUCAUUAAUUUGAUUCUUUACCUUUUCCUUUGUUUUCCAUAGUUUUGAAUUUCUAUUGCCGAGUAGAUUCGCAUCAUCAAUUUUGAAUUUCUAUUUUCAUGCUAGAUGCGCAACGCAAGUGCAAGGCAGAGCUAGACGCAGCUGACCUGUGGCUGAAGAUGCCUAAGUUCGACGACGAGGUCGCCGAGUUUGCACAAAAGCGAGAGGUGUAUCGGUAUAGGGACCUUUUAUCACAUCACAUACUGGUAAGGCUAGAUGCUACUGGUAUAAGGCUAGUUUCGCUUGGAACAUCUCCUUGGAAAUAGUCGCUCAUCACUCUUUAGUGCUAGAACAUCUCUUAGGACUUAGGUAAAGGUACUCCUUCUAAUCCUCCGACUCGUUUUCUGUCGCAACCGAGAAGCACGGCAGUGGUUCUGCACACAAGAGGGUCGCCUCUUCGCGCUUCGAAUACAGGAACUGAGUGAUCCCGCGAAGUACGCGUUUUAUGUAUGCCGAGACACUUAGAAUCAAUUAGAAUAAGAAUACCGUAUCGUAUCACUAGCUGCUUUCGAAAGGACAAACUUUUCUACCAAUAUAGUAUUAACAUGACACAUCAACAUUAACUAGCUUCUAACUUGUUCGUGCACUUAUAAUUUGUUUCUUAGGCUCGAAGAAGGUGCAUUACAGAGAUUCGUUGAGGCUGAUGUACUAAUACUUGCACAAAAACUAAAACUUGUUGGAGUCUACGCAGAUCUUUUGCGAGCAAGAAUGGGUGAAUGAAUAAAGUCAUCUUGUUGACGUGCAGUCCAUAAAUGUUCGCCCAUCUCCAUGGUUCUCCUUCAUACUAUCGGGACACGGGGAAUGCUUAUCCACGGUACACAGGCAAGAAUCUUCGGGAGCUUCAUUAUGGUCCUCAGGUGUAUUUCUUAAUAGCGUCUUAUACCAUUUGCAUCUUUACUCACGCUAGUGUAAGUUCCUACUUUUGCUCCCUUCAAAAUAGUAAAUGUAAUGGUCUUCCCGCCGUCUGAGAAGUUCUCAAUGUCUCAGUUGUAGACACGUUUAUUGCGUCUUCUUCUCAGAUAGGGGAAACAAGGUACCGGGGACGAGGUGAGAGUAUGUCGGUGACGAAACACAAGAAUGAGUUGACCAAAUAGGUGAUGAAUUAUGGAAAAAUAAGUAAGCGCUUCUAAGUCUCGGAGGCGACACCAGACGCGAGGAUAUUCGGGGCAAUCCCUGUGAGAUACGAGGAAGAGUUUUUCGAGAUUCCAUUUCUCGCGAUUCAGCCUUACUGGAUCUCCAAGCGCCGAGUGGUCUUGAAAAAAGGCAAAGCCUUCGUGCCGAGAAGUAUAUUCUUGUUUAUCUUCAACUUUGUUUGUCUUGUUUUUGUCUUCGUUUGCUCUGUCACCUGGUGAAGCAACGGGUUCUUAUCAUCGAAGCUUCUUUCCUCCUCUUACUACCACUGACUAACUGCUACCUAACAGGACUACUAGUUCCACUAUUGAUGAUGUCACUAUAAUCAGGUCUGAUGUUGACGCAUGUCGUCGAUAUAUUCAAGAGGAGGCUAAGCAGUGGCCUUGCUUCAGCGUUUGCAGGACUAGACCACGUCAGCCAAGACCGGAGAAUAGCACCAUUCAUACGGGUACUUUGAAGAUUGAGUAACUUGACAUUCGGGUCGUGAUUAAACACGACAUGGAGAUGCCAGUUGAUAUUGAAAUCUAAGUCUAUGUAUGACUUUGAAGAAUUCUUCUAUUUCAAAAGAAAGUUUUUUAUUCCGUUCAACUUUUUUUUCGAUUUUUCAUCCCUUCCAGACUUUGCAAGAGAACGGGCAAAAUUUGUAUAUUGCAAGAGAACCGUCAGUAGCGCAGGGCCCAUCCGAGAAACUGUCACUGGUUAAGGCUAGUUGUACUUUUUCAUCAACAUCCGAGACUCCUCUGUAGUCUGUGAAAUACCUUUGCAUUUCAUCUAUCUAGUAUGUACUUCCUCCAAUACGGAACGAUAUAACUACAGAGGGCAAGAAGAAGCUCCCAAUAGUACACGGCAAAGGCGCAAAGGCUUCUAGUUCGCUCUGCAGCUGUUUUUCACUUACAUUGAAGAAAAGUUCUAAGGUUGCGAAUUUCGAGAUUAUGAUGAAGCGCAGUUUCCCACCGUGCAUGCGGUGGACAGUACAGUAUCAACGUGACUCGAAAAAACGCCUAAAGCAUCAGGGAAAAUUGCAGCUGAGGUACCAAAAGUAACUUCUUUACGAAGGAAUUUGAUUUGGAAUGUCACUAUGAACCUGAGUGAGCGCUACCCCGUAGGUGAAUUAUCGAGGAGAGUGCACGUAUGAAGAAGCAUCCAAGCUUUUAAUUGUUCUCAACAAUGGUGAUUCAAUUUCAAUCAUGUAACACACUCACUCAAUGUCAAACUACAACUUGAACUUCAACUCAAUGGUAAUUAGUAUUCACACUCACUCACCACUGACUCGAUCUUCAGGCCCUUCUUAAGAGAAGCAGGCUUCGACCUUAAAUCGUCGCUGUCUUGGUGGAGGCAGGAGGUCUCGAGGGAUCCCGAGAUGGAUGAAGGAAAAUUCGAGAAGAACUUCGUAUACGACAUAGAGCACGCAUACGGAAAAAAAGGUACUAGUAGUACCUCUAAAAUACCAGAGAGACUAAGUCAGAAGAGAGACUAGGAUAUAUACAACCAGAGAGACUAAGUCAGAAGAAAGACUACGAUAUAUACCAGAGAGACUAAGUCAGAAGUAGAAAGACUAGGAUAUAUAUCAGAGAGACAAAGUCAGAAGAAAGACGACGAUAUAUACCAGAGAGACUAAGUCAAGAAAGACUUCUAGUACAUACACCAGAGAGACUAAGUGAGGAAAGACUAGGAGAUAUACCAGAGAGACUAAGUCAAGAAAGACUAGCAUAUAUACCGGAGAGACUAAGCACGAGAAAGACUAGUAUCUAUAUAUGUUCCAGGGCGCGGGGCGACGCCCCCCCCCCCCGGGGGCCGGGCGCCCUGGGCCCCUUUUUGAGGCGUCUGCCGGGGAAGGAAGGCCGCAAAAGGGGGCCAGGGGGCCACCCCCGUUCCCUUCCCGGGGCUUUGUGUCCCCUGGAGGCCUGGGCACUGGGUGGAAGGCCUCAAGGGGGGACCAAGGGGCUGCCGGCUUCUCGUUUGCAUGUACCCUACAGACUUGCGGGGUUAGAUGGUGGAAGUGCGCGGUUGGUCUUCAGGUUCCCUCCUCUGCUCCCUUUCAGCUGCCUGGCUGUUCCUUAGGCGCCUCCGAUGGUGGUAGGAGGCUUCAAAAGGGGCCCAAGGGACCGCCUGUGCCCCUGUCCAGGUGCUUGCUUGUGCCCUCAGUGCAUCCGUUAGGCUUCGCCGCCGCAGCAGUGCGCCGGCAACGGAAGGCCUCCGAAGACGGCAAAAGGCGAGGGGUGGGACCCCCUGAGCCGUGCCGCCUGUACCCUCCGGGCCCUUGGUCAUCGGCUUGCUUGCUCUUGCGACCGUGGCCGCGGCCGCCUCCCGCCAGCCUGCGAGGGUCAGCAGAGGCCAGGCGGUUCCUUUGGAACACGCUGAGAGAGAGGCCCAAGGGGAGGCCCGCGCCAAGUUUUGACGCCUUCCACCACUAGAACCCGCGAAAAAUCCGCGCGGAGAUGGCCACCACAGCACAGACCACAGGGGGGGAGGGGGGGGCUGUUCGGCCCUGAGUCAUGUAUACCAGAAAGACUGAGCACAAGGAAGACUAGUAUGAUAUAGGACCCAGGGCCGCACGCCUCGCCCUCCCCCCCCUUGUGUUCUGGUCUGUGGUGGCGCGCCCGCGCGCUUUUCCGCGCGCAUUUUUCGCGGAUUUCAGGCGGACGGGCACCCGGCCACCAAUGGCGUUAAAAACUGGCUAAAUAAGUCGGCUUUUUGGGAUCGCGGGGCGCCUGCCCUGGGCCGUUGUGUGUCUGUUUCGUUUCUGGGGUUUUUCUGCCUUUCUCUUGUUGUUUUGUUGGUAUAUUUGCGAGCGACAAGGGGGGCGCUUCUGAGUGUGUUUCCUUUCUGGUACUCUACAGAGGUCCUGCGGAUCUUGAAACCUGCGGCAGCGGAUCAAAAAAGACGACUGAAAAAGUCCCUGUGCUUUUUCGGUCGUUUUUUUCGGUCGGUUCUGGUUCUGUAUGCUUUGGCUGAGUGGCUCGGCUUGAGGGUGCAUGUCUUAGGAGUGUCGGCUGAAGGGGGGUGCAUCGCUGAAGCUGGUCAGGGAGGCGAUAGGCCGUCGGCUUUCGGGUGUGAUUAUUCUGGCCUCCUGGGUGUUUUCGUGCUGCUUUUCAGUGGGUUGGGCUUGUUUGUGUUUGUCUUCUGUUGCUUGGUCGUCUUGGUCCGCCCCUUGUGGAGGAGGGGCCGGGGGCAUUUAGGGGAGUGCCUCUGCCAUUGGGUGCCCACACUGAGCCACGGCCCCGGGGCUUGACGAUUGGCGCAACAGCUCGCGCGGAAGCAAGUGCUGGGCCUCGCACUCGAAGGGAUGGGGGGACCCGGUAGGGGUCUCGUCUGGGCUUGGGGGUGGGGUCCCGGUCGACGGUUAAAAACCGGUUAAAAAACGGUUAAAAUUUUCCGACCCUUUCCGGGGUUGGAAAAAAACGGUUAAAAAAACGGUUAAAAAACGGUUAAAAUUUUUGGUCUUUUUCUCGUGCGAUUUCGCCUAGAAGUCGGCCGCUUUUGCUUUUGGGGUCGGUUUAGAGCAGUCCCGCCGAGUUUUGGAAGGACCUGCCGCCGACUUUUUUAACCGUUCCCAAAUUUGGCGCUAUUUUAACCCUGAACUUUAGCCGUUUUUUUACCCGUGAAUUUUAGCCGUUUUUUUAACCGUCAACUUUAACCGGUUUUUUAACCGGUUCCCGCGGGGUCUUGGGGCGCUUGCCUUCGGGCUGCGCAGCCGUGACGUAGACGGGGCCGCAUCUGACGCACCCGCCGCAUUCCGCUGGCAGGCCUCGAAGCGUGGCGUGGUGCUCGUGCAAGCUCCGCGGGGUUGGCUGGGUGGUGCGCGUGUGGACGUUGAGGCCCCGCGUCGAGCAGUGUCUACCCGAGGUGGGGCUGUAACGUCUACGCCAGUCAGGUUGCGUGGGUCGGGUCGCGUGAUUCUGGAGUGGGCGCCGGGGCCACAGUUCGCUGGCCCCUCGAAGUGUGGCCUUAACGUCCGCGCCGGUGAGCCUCGGGGGCUGGUGUGGUGUCGGCUCUUGGUGUCGGGCCUUUUGUUGGGGUGUCUUUCUCGAAGUGUGUGGGGCCGCUUGCUGGAGGCCGGCCCAGGUGCAUGCGCUAGACCCGCGGGCGCCUGCUAUUGCAUUGUAGUGACACGGGUUCGCCCGGUGGGGUCUUUCGUGGGUCUUUUGUGUCGGGUCGGUUGUUGCCCCCCGGCUGCCAGAUCAGCUGACGCGGGUGCGUUGUGGUGUCUUUCGGUCGGGAUUUUCUCAAAAACCGAAAACUUUAACCAAAGUUUAACCGCAUUUGUUGGCUCGGGAUGUGUCCGCCUGACGGAUUCUAGUGGCGGGCCUCCCCUUGGGCCUCUCAGCGUGUUCCGAAGGGACCGCCUGGCCUCUGCUGACCCUCGCAGGCGGGAGGCCUCCGGGGUAAAAGGCCGCGGUCGCAGUAGAGCAAGCAAGUUGAUGACCAAGGGCCCGUCGGUCCAGCCCCUCGCCUUUUUCGUCUUCAGGGGCCUUCCGUUGCCGGUGCACUGUUGCGGCGGCGAAGCCUGACGGACUCACUGAGGGCACAGGCAGGCACCUGGAUGGGGGCACAGGCGAUCCCGUGGGCCCCUUUUGAAGCCUCCCACCCCCCUCGGGGGCCCCUCAAGUCUGUAGGGUACAUGCAAACGAGAAGGGGGCAGCCCCUUGGCCCCCUUUUGAGGCUUUCUGCCCCCGGCAGGCGCCUCCAAAAGGGGGCCAGGGCGCCCGGCCCCCCUCUAGGGCCCUUUUUGAGGCGUCUGCCGCGGGAGGAAGGCCUCAAAAGGGGGCCCAGGGGCCACCCCCGGUCACUUCCAAGAGCUUUUUGGCCGAGGGAGGCAGGCCUGGGAAGGACGUGCAAGGCCUCAAGGGGGGACCAAGGGGCUGCCGGCUUCUCGUUUGCAUGUACCUUACAGACUUGAGGGGUUAAAUGGUCAUGGUGGAAAUGCGCGGUUGGUCUUCAGGUUCCCCCCUCCGCUCCCUUCCAGCUGCCUGGCUGUUCCUUAGGGGCCUCCGAUGCCAUGGUGGUGGGAGGCUUCAAAAGGGGCCAACGGGACCGCCUGCGCCCCAGUCCAGGCGCUUGCCUGUUCCCUCACUGCAUCCGUGAGGCUUCUCUGCCGCAGCAGUGCACCGGCAACGGAAGGCCUCUGAAGACGGCAAAAGGCGAGGGGCGGGACCCCCUGAGCCGUGCCGCCUGUGCCCUCCGGGCCCUUGGUCAUCGGCUUGCGUGCUUGCUCUUUACCCCGGAGGCCUCCCGACUGCGAGGGCCAGACAGCAGAGGCCAGGCGGUCCCUUAGGAACACGCUGAGAGGCCCAACAAGGGGAGGAAGGCGCCAAGCUUGGACGCCUUCCACCACCAGAAUCCGCGAAAAAUCCGCGCGGAAAAGCCCUACACCGACCAGACCACAGGGGGGGAGGGGGGGUCGUUCGGCCCUGAGUCAUAUUUUCUAGGGCGCGGGGCGACGGCCCCCCUUAGCGGGGACGCCGGGCGCCGUGGCCCCCUUUUUGGGGUGUCUCACUCUCUGCUUUGGGCGGAAGGCCUCAAAAGGGGGCCAAGGGGCCACCCCCGUCCCCUUCUAGGAGCUUUGUGUCCCCUGGAGGCCUGGAAAGGACGGAGGUGGAAGGCCUCAAGGGGGGGCCAGGGGACUGCCGGCUUCUCGUUUGCAGGUAACCUACAGGCUUGAGGGGUUAGAUGGUGGAAGUGCGCGGUUGGUCUUCAGGUUCCCCCCUCCGCUCCUUUCCAGCUGCCUGGCUGUUCCUUAGGGGCUUCUGAUGGUGGUGGGAGGCUUCAAAAGGGGCCCAAGGGGCUGCCUGCGCCCCCGUCCAGGUGUUUGCUUGUGCUUUCACUGCAUCCGCUAGGCUUCGCCGCCGCAGCAGUGCACCGGCAACGGAAGGCCCCUGAAGACGGCAAAAGAUAAGGGGCGGGACCCACUGAGCCGUGCCGCCUGUACCCUCCGGCCCCUUGGUCAUCGGCUUGCUUGCUCUUUACCCCGGAGGCCUCCCGCCUGCCAGGGUCAGCAGAGGCCAGGCGGCCCCUUAGGAACACGCUGAGAGGCCCAAGGAAGGGGAGGAAGGCGCCAAGCUUUGACGCCUUCCACCACUGGAAUCCGCGAAAAAUCCGCGCGGAAAAGGCCACCACAGACCAGACCUCAGGGGGGGGGAGGGGGGGCCGUUCGGCCUUGCGUCAUAUAUACCAGAGAGACAAAGUCAAGAAACCCUAGGAGAUAUACCAGAGCGACUAAGCCAAGAAAGACUAGUAUAUAUACCAGAGAGACUAAGUCAAGAAAGACUAGGAUAUAUACCAGAGAGACUAAGUCAAGAAAGACUAGGAGAUAUACCAGAGCGACUAAGCCAAGAAAGACUAGUAUAUAUACCAGAGAGACUAAGUCAAGAAAGACUAGGAUAUAUACCAGAGAGACUAAGUCAAGAAAGACUAGGAUAUAUACGACCAGAGAGACUAAGUCAAGAAAAGUUUGUAACAUUAAAGUUCUAGAACAAGUAGGAGUAGAGCAAGUCUAAGUCAUCGCAUUUUAGAGCAUUUUUCUGAGGGCCAGGAACUUCUCCUAGUAGAACGAGAAAAGGAAAAAACUACUUACAUAAAAAGUAUAUCUAACGUCUUCAUUGCCACUCUGACUCCACUAGGUCACCUGAAAGGGCAGAAUGCAUUCGGAUGCGCCAGUAUCAUCGGAUUCCCCCUACCGAGUGGCGGCCAGGUCCACGGUUGUCCCUUUAAAGUGAUGGAUAGCGGUAUGCUGAAAACGGUGCUGCAACACUGGCAGGUCCCGUCAGGAGAUAUCGAGGAUAUCACCACUAUUAUGAAAGUAUCCACUUUAUGUUUAUUCUAGAAGGCAUUGCCACUAUCUUACAGAGGAGAUGUUCAACAUUAUAUGAUAGUGCAUUCCUGUAGUUUAGAAUAUUCAGCGUCCAGCAAGUACUAGAAGUACUGUAGUAAUCUCAACGAGACGUGGAUCCGUACACCUUUCAUGAUCAUGUUUACAUUUAUAAUACUAGAAUGGAAUCACUUCAGUACAACAGGCUACUUUCUUAUGGUUUCGGAUUCAACAACUACAACAAGAAUAAUAGGCCACGACGGCUCUGUCUCUAAUACCAAAAGUAGCGGGAAGCAUUAUCAAUUGGCGUGCAAGGAAUUUUUCUGCAAAACGCAUCCUGGCUCUUCAGGCGAAGGUGUCGGUAACCUUCCGCAGCAAUUCUUCGUUGAAUCUGUGAAUUUAAGAAUGCUCGCGAUGUGCUUUUUUUAGCAGUCCUUCUCCUUGGAUAUGUCAUUCUCAAGAACCAGUAGUGGAGUACUAUGCAAUCAUUCAUAGACCACUGAGACCUACUUGUUGCAACGAAUAUCAAUACGAUGCUAGUGCCUGCAUGUGUCUGUGUUACAACUAGCAAUGCCUCGGGUGGAGGGAAAACUAGACUGCCACAAGCAGCCAUCUAUCUAAACUACCUAGUGAAAUCCUAGCUACUUUAACGCCUUGAAAAUUAUAGAGUGUGUUGAGUUGUCCUAGUGGCUUGUCCCAGAAUCAAAUUUUAUGAAUUUAUUUUAUCUUUUUGUACGAGAGAGACCCGUUUAUUUAUCUUGGCUAUACUAAAACUAAAUGUCUUAGGAACUACAUUUCACUACAAGUAUGUGUGAUAUGAUGAUGUUCAAGUGCUCUAAUUCUUUACUACAAUAAUGCUUCGGGUGGAGGGAAAGCAGCUGGCGGUCCCGCGCCGAUGGAGGUCACAUGACGUGAAGUGCGUCGUGUAUUGCAACGCCGCGAGGGACGAGAACAACUACGUUAUGAACAGUCAGCACAUGUAAUUCGAACACAUUAUAAGGACGAGAACAACUACGUUAUGAACAGCAUGUGUACUCGUCGAAAACUGAAAUAUAUUGACGAGUUACUGACUGAAAUAACAGAGUCGUUACUUCUUUAAAUAUUUCGCUUCUUUCAAGUACUUACUUGCUUAUUUCAGUUUAUCGAAUAAUUGGAACACAAUCGAACAGCUGUAAUGCCAAUGUGUUGCGUAGUAACGGUGAAGACUACGUUGUUGGGGCCGUUCUGAAAUUCCAUUUUCAUUAGUGACGUACUAGUUGUACUAGGUGGAGAAGAACGAGUGGUGCCUAUUAUUCACGAGAAAAGAAGCGCAGUCAUGGAUGCACAUGAUGUUGGACAGAAGCAAAAAUUGCGCAGUCUCUAAGAGAAGCAUGUCAUGUCAUGUGUCUCCAAUUUGACCUUGAGACCAGACCCUAGGGGAGCUAAGUCUCUAAAAAGAAUUAAUCACCAAGAAAAAUGGAGACGAUACGGGAAGCGCCAGGAUUCGAGGUAAUGCUUGGAGACGUCGAGUUCGAGGCAGGGUGUGGAGGAGGUAAUGUUUGACGAAGGUAAUGCUUGAAGGUAAUAUUAGCUUCACUUUCAUCAUUCAGAGGUGGGUGUGUUGAGGUUGAGCAAGCAGGGGCUCCUGCUCCUCCUCCUCCUUCUGCUGCUAACUUCAUAAUCUUCUACUGGUAAUGGUAUCAUGGGUCUUCGUCUACUUUCCACCUUUCACGCUACAAUUUAUAUUUUUUUGAUACACGAUUAGCCUCGCCUUCUGCUGUAUGUUUGGUCAAUAUCAAGCUGUGACAGUGACCAACAAUGAAAUUAGAAACUUCCAUUGCUUGAAUAUAGCGACAACGAGAAUGGGAAAUAUCUUCUCAACGAUCUCGCUAUCUCCGACAAAUAAUGUUCAGAGAGACUAAGUACGUCUCUUGUUCACAAUUGCUUAAAUUCCUCUUCAGUUGUCAAAAACUACACCAUCAAGUGCACCCGACGAGCUGCACAAUCAAAAAUGACCAGUGACAAUUAAGACGCAUCUCUUGGUUACUACAACAGAUGAAAAUCUCCAUGAUUAGAUCCGCAGACUGUUAAAAAAUUAUCGCUAAAAAUUAUAUGGAUACUUCUACAUUUAGUUUUACAUAAGUCCUCCAGCGGUAGUGCUAUUAAAUAGAUGUAUGAAAUUAGAUCUUCCUCUCUUCAACGUCAAUCUUCACCGAGGUUGAAGAGAUCUACCUUGAGAAACAUGACGAGAACGGGUGUCCUCCGUGUUCUCAAG